CUGCCUGCGUUUGCCGGGCUCUGAAGCUGCCCGUCUCCGUUGGCGUGUAGCGCGCGCCGAUCCACCUCGUUUCGCGCGACAAAGCCCGAAUCUGCGGACGACGCUCAUCACGCGGCCAACAUGAGUGUCCCAUUGUCUUCCGACGACAAGAAGCGCUACACCGCCCUCAUUGAUGAGAUCCUCUCCACCGCCGACCUCGAGACCAUCUCGCGCAAAAAGGUCCGCCAGGCCCUGGAAGCUGCGCUGGGCGGCAAGGACUUGAGCGAGCAAAAGGAUGCCAUCAAGAAGCUUAUAGAAGAACGCUUCGAUGCCGUCUCUGGCGCUGAUGCCGGAGAUGCUCCUCCCUCGCCCCUGCCCGACGCAUCGAGCAACAAGCGGCCGGCCGCCAACGGUGCCUCCGACUACGACGACGCCUCCGCCUCUCCCGAGCCGGCCAAGAAAAAGGCCAAGCGGUCCUCGUCUAUAGAAGAUGCCGACGCCCGCCUGGCCGCCCAGCUCCAAGCGCAGGAAAACAGACUCGCAAGGAGCCGCACCACACGUGGCGGUGGGGACAAGGCGCGGAUGGCAAAGAAGAAGGCUCCCCGUAAGAAGAGCGCCAAGAAGGUUGGAGGCGAUGACGACAGCGAGGUGGAUGCCAGCGGAGACUCCAUCAAGAAGCGUAAGGCCGGCGGUGGUUUCCAGAAGCCUUUCAACUUGAGCGAGACCUUGUCAGCGCUGUGCGGUGAAACUCAGCUUUCCCGUCCUCAAGUCGUCAAGAAGCUGUGGGAGCACAUCAAGGCCAACGAUCUCCAAGAUCCCGCAGACAAGCGCCAGAUCCGCUGCGACGAGAAGAUGCAGGCUGUGUUCAAGCAGGCCAAGGUCGACAUGUUCCGAAUGAACAAGGAUAUCGGAAGCCAUCUCUACCCCGUUGAGGAUGCAAACGCAAAUGAAUCACACGCAAUCAAACGCAGUAAUACAUUCAUCUCAUCAGCCACAUUGAUUUACAGCACCACAGACAAGGCAAACGGCUUGCCUCAUUUCGUUCGGUACAAAACCCCGGCGGUGGCCCUGCUGGAGGGGUCCUGCAACGAAAGAGGCCAAAAAAUCCGCAAUCAGCUUCUGGGGAAGGAGGCAGCAAAGACGCCUUCUUUCUUCGCCAUCAUUCUUUGCCGAACCCACCGAGGCUGCCUCUCCGGAGAGCCUCACAUCCCGAAUCUCCAUCUGCAGCGUUAUUUCAUUUCCGAGCCAACCAUGACGGCCCCAGAGGGAGCAGCUCAGACCGGCCGCGGCGACGGCAGCUCUAGAGGACGAGGCCGUGGCGGAAGAGGAGGCGGCGGGGGAGCCAAGCGAGGGCGAGGCGGCAACAAUCGAGGACAGGGACGGGGCCAAAAGGGAACACAAGAUGCUGCUGCUGCUGCUGCGACGUCGACGGGCUCAGAGGCGGCAGCCAAAGAGAACAAGGCCAUGGCCGCCACCAGGCCCGACGUCGACGACGACGACGACGAUGCCGACGUCUGCUUCAUCUGCGCCAACCCCGUGGCCCACCACUCGAUUGCGCCCUGCAACCACAAGACGUGCCACAUCUGCGGCCUGCGCAUGAGGGCCCUGUACAAGACCAAGGACUGCGCCCACUGCCGAACACCGGCAUCCUAUGUCAUCUUCACCGACGACGCCGAGAAGCGCUUCGAAGACUACGCCGACAGGGACUUCACCUCGACCGACACCAACAUCGGCAUCAAGUACACAAACGAGGACAUUGUCGGCGACACCGUGCUCCUGCUGCGCUACAACUGCCCCGACGAGUCCUGCGACUUUGCCGGCCUUGGCUGGGCCGAUCUCCAUCGCCACGUCAAGUCGGCCCAUCACAAGCGCAUGUGCGACCUCUGCACCCGCAACAAAAAGGUCUUCACCCACGAGCACGAGCUCUUUGGCGACAAGGAGCUGGAGAAGCACAUGCGCCACGGCGACGACAAGCCCGGCGCCGCCGACCAGACGGGCUUCAAGGGCCACCCGCUGUGCGGCUUCUGCGGCCAGCGCUUCUACGACGACGACAAGCUACGGGACUCGCGACAGCCGCACUACUUCCUCAACUACGAGGAGCUCGAGAGGCACUUCCAAAAGGACCACUUCCUGUGCUCGGACCGCGGAUGCAUGGAGAAGAAGUUUGUCGUCUUCGAGUCGGAGCUGGACAUGCAGGCACACAACCUCGCCGAGCACGCCGGCAAACAUGUGGGCAGGGACGCCAGACUGGUCGACAUUUCUGCUUUUGACAUUCGCCAAUCCUAUCAGCCGGAACGACGCGGUGGCCAGCGAGAAGGACGGGCUCAGGGACAGGGACAGGGACGACGAGGGGGCAACAGGGGAAGAGACCCCAACGAGGACAGCAUUCUGCCAACUGUGAGCUCGACUGUCCCCUUGCGGAGAGACGAACUGGCGUUUCAGCGACAAAUGGCCAUUGCCUCGGCGCCUUCGGGCUCGAACCGCACGUUCCGAGGACAGCUGUCGACUCCAACGCCCGCCACCGCUCCGGUGACCCCUACGCUCACACCCUCGCCAGCUCAAGCAUCUUCAGCAGCCCGGAAUGCCGCAGCGACGCCCCCUUCAAGGCCCCGAAGCGUUGGCCCAGGCGCCGGUCCUGCAGCCGCUACCAACGCCAUCGAGGCCCUCAGCCUCGCUGACACAGCCAAUCUCUCGCCCGAAGAAAGAGCUCGCCUCGUCCGCCAUGGCAGCGUCAUUGAGCGGGCUGCGAACCUCCUGGGCAACGACUCGCACAAGAUGGCUGCUUUCCGGAGCCACAUCUCGACAUACCGCCAGGACGGCUUCACUGCUCCUCAGCUCAUCGAAGCUUUCUUUGCCCUCUUCUCAAAUGCCUCAUCAAAUGCCCUGGCUACUCUCGUGAGAGAGCUGGCAGAUCUCUUUGAAGACAAGGCCAAAGCUGAUGGCCUGAGAAAGGCCUGGCAGGAUUGGCGGGCCAUCAACGAGGACUACCCGAGCUUACCGGGCCUCGGCGGCAUGCAAGGGGCAACCUCCAGUUCUAGCGGAUGGGCGAGCGCCGCGGCUGCCAACACGGGAUUCACCGUUGUUGCGCCUUCGCAGCGCAACUCGAACAGAGUCUUGAAACUUAAGAACAGCACUCGACUCGGCGGCCCAGCGCCCACCGCUUCACGAGGCCCUCCCGGCUGGGUGGCAGCAUCGUCAUCGUCAUCUUCCACAUCCAGAGCUCCAGCAGCAUCAGCAUUUCCUUCUCUGCCCACGCCGUCUGCAUCCUCAUCAUCCCGCGUAUCGACGACCGCCUCCGCACCCUCAUGGACCGCCUCGUCCUCCUCCUCCUCACAAUCUCGAGGCCGAGGCCCAGCACCGCCAAACGUUCGUGCCGAAGACGCUUUCCCUUCACUUCCCGCAGCGCCGAAACCCCAAACCACCAUUUUCGGCUAUGGCGGAGGCCGCGGCGUGAGACGCGACUUUGGCCAGCGGGAGUCUGACUUCCAAUGGGGAGCUGCUGCUGCUGCCCCCGCCGCUGCGUCGUCCGCGGUGGAGGAAGCAGAUGAUGCUGGGACGGGAGGAAAAGGCAAAAAGGGGAAGAAGAAUAAAAAGCAGAUUCUGGUACAGUGGGGAUAAAGGAACAAAAGAGAAAGAAACAAGACUUGGAAAAAAGGGGGGGUUAGAGACAACUCGCGUUCUUUUGUCUCACUCUGUUUCUUCAUUACGGAAUAAUGUUGUUUCCAUGUAUCCCUUCCCUAACUUGUUGCUAUUUUUGCUAUUGAUAAAAGGGACUGUGACGAAUUGUGACGGAUAUUCAUUGGCUAGGCUAGGCGUUGGAUUUGGUUGAUUACAUUUUAAUGCAGCGUAUUAAAGUGUAAAAUGGGCUAAUUGCAAAAGAUAUCUUUUUGUAAAAGCGAAUUGUUGGAAUAAAUCAACAUUAAAUAAAAGAGAAAAGCAAAUAAAAUCACCAUAUAGAGAGACAUGUUAAAUGACAG